UGGUUUAUAUAGGGGACUUGGAAGUCCCCAGCCUGUGAACUCAGUGCAGUUUUAAUGCUCAUUGCCUUCCUCAGCUGUUUAAAAGGCAGACACAGAGUUUGGGGGUAACUCAAAGAGCACACAUAAAAAUGGAGCUGAACUCUCUGUUAAUUCUUCUGGAAGCAGCUGAGUAUUUGGAAAGAAGAGACAGAGCGUUCCUGCAAAGGAGGAAAAAAUGCAUGGAAAAAUAUAUUGCCACUAAUGCUGACUUUGUCCCUAGAAGCAGAACAUGGCUAUGCAUCAGUGUUACCCUUCGAUAGUGACUAUUCCAGAAAGAAAACAAAGGCAGGCACGCUGGCCAGAAAAUCCCAGAAUAACAGGUCAUCACACAACGAACUAGAAAAACAUAGACGAGCUAAACUCCGGCUAUAUUUGGAGCAGCUAAAACAGCUUGUGCCUCUUGGGCCAGAUAGCACCAGACACACCACUCUAAGUCUGUUGAAAAGAGCCAAGAUGCAUAUCAAGAAAUUGGAAGAACAGGACCGAAAAGCUCUAAAUAUUAAAGAACAAUUACAGCGGGAGCACCGCUACCUCAAACGUAGAUUGGAACAACUAUCCGUGCAGGGCAUGGAACGUAUCCGCACUGACAGUAUGGGAUCAACAAUAUCCACUGAUUCUGAACAAGAAGUAGACAUUGAAGGAAUGGAAUUUACACCAGGUGAAAUGGACAGUAUUGGAAGUGCCAGUGAUGUUGAAGACCACUACAGUUUGCAAAGCAGUUCAAGUGAUGGUGGCUAUACACAUUCCCGCAGACUUAAUGCCAGGCUCUCAUAGUGCCUGAGUUUCCAAUUCAGCUCAGGACCAUCUAACUGAAGCACUUAUAGAAGAAAAUUCCAGAGGUGUCAACUGCCACUCUUCCGGGAAACCCCAACCACAGCACUCUGAAAUGGAGGUUUUGUACCCACGAUUCCCUGCACUGUAACCACAAUAUUCGAUAUUGUAAAUCAUGGUUUUGCUGCAGAGAACUGUGGUUAGGUACAGUUGUGACUUAAAGCUAGCUUGAUGUAGCCAUACUGCAAAUUUUAAAAAAUCAUAUCAUUCCAUGCAAGAAGUAUUAAAUUCAAACUGUUGGAAGCAUAUGAUGGCAUAAGGAAGUUUAAUAAGAAAAUCAUUUUGAUUUUGCAGAAACCAUUUUCAAAUAUUGAAGAAUAAAUGGAAUCUAUGAUGUGUUAGUGAUUCAAAUCUAUAAAAAUUCAACUACUUUUUUUUCUUGUUUUUUUUUCUUCAUGAAACAUUAUUAAUGCUUUAUAACAGGCUGUAGAGUAUAAAUUCUUUUACUAGUUGUGUUUGAGAGAGGCAGACAGAAAAAAAUCUCCAAAUCUCAGAUGAUCUUUAGAAAAAAGAUCAUAUUAACAAGUCACUACUGUACUUCAAAAUGGGGAGGAAAAAAGCCAGCUCUAAUAAUGACUUCAUGUGGGAUGAUCUCAACUUUCUUUUGCUUUUUGCAAUCAGCAUCCAACCAGCAGCAAAUCAUUCUCACCAUGAUAACAGAGCUAGCACAAAGUAACACUGGAGUGUUAACCUGUUAUUAUGGAAGAGAUGACUUUUGAAACAUUUCGGUAUUUUUUGUAAAGAAUACAGAGCUCAAAUGAUCCAGAUUUUGAUAAUUAAACCUCUCCUUACAAGGAAUGUUUGCUAAUGUUUCUUUUUUCCUAUUUAUAACUGCCAAUACAUUUUUAUGGAAGGCAUGGCUUAUAAUUACAGUAUUCAGCUAGAGGAUAAUUAAUCAUUUUUUCUUCUUUUGCACGCUAUAAUUGCAUUUUCUAUUCUUAAAUAAAGUGCAAAAAAAUAAAGUGUAUGCUGUAAAACAGCAAAGUUUAUUUAGUACUCAUCAAGCUGUUCAGAACAUAUUUACCCAAAUUGUAGCAAUACUACGAAGAUGUAUUUUAAUACAACUUUGGCUUAGUGAAGUCAUUAGAGCUUGGCUUGCUGGGUAAGAAAAAUGGACCAGUCUUUGCAUUAUCUGUAUAAAGAAGGUCUUUUAAAAAAAAGAAAAAAAAGAAAAGAAAAAAGAAAAAAAGCUAGAAACACUUCUAGAGAAGUGAUUUUAGCAAGUGUAGUCUAUAUUUCCUGUAAGAGAUUUUGUAUUAUAUUUUCCUAAAUGUUCUCAUUUACUUGUAUAGGGAGGGGAAUGGUACAGACCCAAACCAGAGUCUCAGGGACUCUUCACCCUUGUCAUAUUGUGCCUUGGUGACCAUUUAUGUAUGUCUCUCCUUUUUCAUUGUUUAAAGGCAACUAAGCUUUGUUUCUUUCAAGACCCUCUGUUUGAAUGGUCAGUUGUCCAUCUUAUUACAAAUGAAGCACUGAGAGUUAUAAAUCCUCUCACAUCCAAUCCAUGUGUCUUUUUAGUACAAUUAUAAAAUUAGGUUUUGGUGAGAGGGUUAACCAUUAAUUACAUUAUACUUCAUAGAGGCCCUCCCUUUGAUUCUUCAGCACACAGAUCUACAUUUUGUUAGCUUUUUGAACCAGGGUCUCUGUGAGACCAAUAUUAAAUGGGUAUGGAAACAAAUGUAUUGUAUAAUGCUAUAGGAUGUCUAACUGUGGUACCAUUUUAAUAUUCAAAUAUAAAAAACUCACGACAUACUGACCAUAAUGAUCAAAACAAAGAUUCAGUUGUUCUUUCAACAUUAGACAUAUGUGCCCUCCCUUUGGCUUUUACAAGAGAGUAGAAAUAUGAAUACAUUUUGUGGCAGCUUACAAUCCUUGUUUGCACUCUUGCUUACUGCUUGGAACUUGCCAACAAGGAAAAUGUAUACUUUUAAUUUACAUAACCUAAUUUAUGGCCACCUGUACUUUGGCUUUGGGGAGGGGCCUAAGGUUAUAAACUCUGGCAGCUGAAUAAUAAAAAACAACAAUUAACCUUUUCUGUGAUGCAGGUUUUGGUAUUAUGUUAUACACCUUUGCAUAUUACUAAAAUCCUCAUUGUUGGGGAAAACACACAGCAAUAUACUCAUUGUGUGUAGCUGACAAGCAGCAGAAAUUACUAGCUCCUUUGGUGCAUAUGUAACUAAUUUCCAAAUCUGGAAAAAUUAAGUGUUUACUUUAACACACGACUGUUAACAGGGGGAAAAAAGGCUAGUAUAUUGUUGCUGUUCAUUUAUUAUAUAAUGAACACAUUCAUGAAUUGUAAAGUGUUUCCUUUCGUGACAAGCAGCUCUUGCACAGAACCUCCUAAUAAAAAGAGAUUUGAAACUCACAGAAGGAGAGUAGAGAUUUUAAAUCCAACAUUGUUGUACCUUAUGUUGAUCAGAAGAUCUCCUUUUAAAGAUGAAUGUGCUAAUUUAAUGAGUUCUUCCACGCUGGGUAUCCAUGGCUUUGUAGAUCUUAUAUUUUCAAUAAAAAUUACUCCAAUAAUC